AUGCCGCCAAGUAAAAAGACUACAACUGCUAUCAAUAACAAUCCGUCUGUUGUUACGCGUACUUUACGCUCUUCUCGAAAAAGAGAAAACGCGGUGCAGGACUUGCCAGUUCUAGGUGACCCACUACCUAAAGUAGCUUCUUUCAUGUCUCUUGACGACGAGGAAGGAGUAACAUCGACGUCAUUACACCCUAUUGGUGCUGCUGCUUUGUCAGCGUCCUUUAUGUCUAUUGAAGACGAGGGAGGAGUAAUAUCGACGCCAUUACACCCUAUUGGUGCUGCUGCUUUGUCAGCGUCUUUCAUGUCUAUUGACGGUGAGGAAGGGAGAGUAACAAAGGAUAUUGUAAACAGUCAAGAAUCAAAACAUGAUGCUGAUAUUAUUUUAGGAGAAAGUAAUUCAAAGCAAGCUGAUCAUGAUGAAGUCGUGAUUUUAGGAGUCAGUAAUCUAAAUGGGAAAAGUCAUAAGGGCAACAAUAAGAGAUCCAGAAAUGACGAUGAGACCAACACUGAUCAAAUCGACGAUACUCAAGCUAAAGAUAACGACGCUAUUAUUACUGAUUCGUAUGAUACUCGCAAUGCAGCAAAAAAGCUUAAGAGAAAUGAUACUGAUAAUGUCAUAAAUUCUGGAAAUUCUGUUCCCUUAGAAUCACAUACCGAUUCGAUGGAAAUCGAAGGAAAUGUAGCAGACCCAAAUGAUGAUCAAAAUCAAGCUGAUGAGCUUAACAGCGCUCAAAAGACCCCGAUGAAAAAAGGGAAAUUAACUCUUCAAGCAUCUCCAAGUUUUAAAAAUGUAAAACGUAAAACCAAAAAGAAGAAAACACGCGAGUAUGAAUAUUUAGUCACUAAUCCAGAUUCCGAGCUUGUCGAACUUGAUAUGAGGUUUUUUAUGAAGAAGAUUUUUUCCGAAAAACGAUACAAAAAAUUUACCAAAGAACAAAGAGAACGAUUAAUCCGUUUAGUGCCUUCGAUUGAUAAAGUGCAGAUCACCAAGAAAGGUCCAAAAAAAGACACGGAAGAACCUGUUGAAAUUGACGAACAAGCUGAAAUUGAAUAUCUAAUGAAGCAUUCAGGUCAAGGUUUAAAUGGAUCAGUGAAAAUUGCAAUUGAAUCCUUUCCAUCAUCAAAUGUGCCUGUGGGAAAUGCAUCUGGUAAUUCAUUAUCCAAAGAUAUCGUGACAUUUGAUGAUGCUAAGUUACCAGUCGAAAGUGACGUUAAUAUAACUAUGGAUACGGUGGCAAUUGAUGCUAAUGAUUUGUCAGCCGAAAACGCGGAUAUUGAUAGUUCAGACUUGCCAGCCGAAAGUGCAAGUUCAACUUCCACAAUUGAAGAUCACGAAAAAGAGCUCCCCAGUAUCUUUUCUCAACUUGAUGCGAAAUCUACAAUUAUUAAUGAUGAUAAACGUCCAAAAGAAAUGCUUCGCAAAUAUUUUUUCAAUGAUAUGCAAUUUUAUGGAUGCGUAAAAGCGUUCGUAGAAAAAUUAGGCUGGGGCCAUUUUGAUCCUAAAUGGAUUAAGAAAAAUCAAGCGACUCAAAAACGUCUCCGAAAAACUAUGGAUGAAGAUUGGAAGGACUUAAAAUUCGAAGCAAAAUGGGGUCACAAUCUCAAACCUAAAAGUCAUAUGGUCGCGGGGGAUUCUGCUUCUCUCAGCCUUCAAGAUCUUUGUAAAGCCGCCAUUAUACGAGCUGGUGACGAAUUACACUAUAAACGCUUGUUUAAAAAAGUCCAGAUUGCUGUUGAAGGAAUUGUGAAUCGACAGACAUCCCAACUAGAUGCUCCUCAGCAGCCUCCAAUAAAGCCAGCAACAAACCGCAAAAGAAAACCCAAAAACGAUACCGAUGAUACUGUCAUUGCUUCCAAUAGCUCUACAAACACCUCUUCUACCGCGCCGAUAGCCAUUACUAAACUUUCCUCCCUUGAAACCAAAGUUCUCGAUGAUGAUGGUAGCGUCAGCAAACAGCAACGACCAAAUGGAAAUGCUAACAAAAACUUUAGAGUCAUCCGAGCUGGGCGCGAUCUAGGCACUAUUUUCGUUUUACGCUCUGAAUUCUAUGAAAAAACAAGAGGAUGA